UGGGCUAGCCUACACGUCAGAAGACGAAUAGGAUCUGAAUAGGAUCUGAAGUACCUACCGUGGCAUACGGGUUUGAACGACGUUUGUCUCAGGGUUACAUACUCUUCAUGCCCUUUAUUAAGUCGUUGUUUAACGUAAGCGCUCUUACCGAUUGUGUUGGUGAAGCCCUUUUGAAAUUCGUGGUAAAUGUACAGAGCGGGAGACCUCAAUUUACUUUUACCAGUCUUAUUCUUGUGGAAGUUUUUCAACAAAAGCUGGACAAAACUCAUAUUUUUUUCUAACAGUGUUCUGGUGCGACAAUCUGGACAACAAAUACAGUAUUUGCCUCACCGUACAGUAUCGAGUUCAGCGUGCGCCGCACCGCGGACGUGUAGAUGUCGCUGCUAUGUCUUCGCUCCGCAACAACACUCAGAACGGUGGAGACGACUACGUUUGGCAGUACGAGUACUAUGAUGAAGAGGAACCCGUAUCUUUUGAAGGUCUAAAGGCGAAUCGCUACUCCAUAGUGAUAGGGUUCUGGGUGGGCCUGGCUGUGUUUGUCAUCUUCAUGUUCUUCGUACUCACCCUGCUCACCAAGACUGGAGCACCACACCAAGAACACCCAGAAGGCUUUUUUAAAUCAGUGCGAGUGGGCGCUUGUGUGGUGGACGUGGGCACCCAGGCAUUCUGUCGCCCCCUACUGGAAGACUCCCACUCUCCAUUCCACUUCAAUCGACCGGACCGGACUGUCAAUCAAACGGCUGAUGUCAUGGCCCCAGGCAAGCUUAUUGGCUGUGGUCCUGAAGGGCUCGUUGCAGAGGGUGACCUACUGUCUGAGUUCAACAUUCCAAAUGUCGUGGUGACGUCAGAGCCCGACUCGAACCUCACUGACGAUGACUUGCUUCUCUCUGAGCCGCCAAUCAUUGUGGAGGACCAAUCACGUGCCACUACUCGAGCGCACAUCUCCCACUGAGGACCAACCCUUUAUCUGAGGAUCCUUAAUAAUGAACACUUGUGAAAUAGAACCUUUUAGAACCUCUCCACUAAGGAACUUUAUUUCAAACUGAGGAUCCUUAAUAAUGAACAGCCUGUGAGCUAGAACUUUCUAGAUGUUAAACAUAAUGAGAUGCAUGUGCAUCUGAUUAGAAGUGGACUGUUCUCACAUUAGGGCUGUCCUAAACCAGAACCUCUCUGAAACAUGCUCUGGUACCUCAAAAAACCUGGUCUGGACCCACUAGUACCUGUUUCCAGUACUGAAAUGACAAGGAUCUUAUCUCUGCCAGGUUUUUUUUACUGCUGGAUCAAAAAGGAACAUACAUAGAACCAGAACAUGUAUCCAUUCCAGAUUCGGAUCAUCUUGACAGUGGAACACAUUGUGAUUCUUGAAGAUUCUGCGUUCUGAUGACCCAAUGCGCUAGGAGCCAGCUGGUCACACUCACCAUAGGGUUCACCAUAGGGUUCACCAUAGGGUUCACCAUAGGGUUCACCAUAGGGUUCACCAUAAGGUUUUCACUCAUUUUCCCAUGUUACCCCUUCAUAUGUCUUAAUCUACAGGAAAGAGCUCCAUCUGUGUGUUGGCUUUGUGAUGUUAAAAGUGAGAAUUAAUUGGAGGAAUAUUAGUGUGGAGACCUUUGUCUGAACCCGUAUUUAAAGUGUUAAGUGUAGAAAUGGUUGCAGCAGAGGAUGAAGACUUUUGUUAGGUCGACAGUGGUACAGUGGUAGAGAAGUCGUUUAGUAAUCAGAAGGUUGCUAGUUCGAUUCCCUGUCGAAGCGUCCUUGAGCAA